AUGAUGAAUAGUGAUCUCCAAUGUCCAAUUUGUAACGAAUGGCUAUUUAAAGCAACUUCUGCAAAUUGCAAUCAUACAUUUUGUGAAACAUGCAUAAACAAAUGGUUAAAAAUAAAUAAAACAUGUCCAGUUUGCCAUACAUCUAUUCAAUAUACUUCAACUUCUAUAGCAGUAGACAAUUUUAUCACAAAUUUGUGUCACUUAUUUGGCGGUUUUACAAAGGAACGGCGAGAAUCAAUAAUGAAUGCUUAUAUAGAUGAUACGAAAAAAAAAACCAAUGCUGAUUUUACACUUAAUGAACUCACUAUUGAUCCCAUUAUUGGUUUAAAUAUUAAUCAGUCAAUUGAAGAAGAUACAUUUAUUAUCCAAAACGACACUACUUUAACAAUGUUACAUCCCAAUGAGGCCCGUUUAAUACCUUGUCCUCGAACACCUAUAUCUAGAGAGAAUUCAAGACAACCAAUAUUUAGCUCUAAUAAACCUCAUCCUAACAUAGUUCCACUAUUACCAGCUUUUCCUCAAUCAUCUGUAGCUUCUAUAACUAGCCCACGUUCUAAUCGCCUUCAACCAACAUCUUCGACAUCUGUAAUUAGUCCACGUGUUAAUCGUUUUCAACCAAUUUCUCCAGUAUCUGUGGUCAGUCCGCAUAUUAAUCGUAUUCAUUCAACAACAUCAACAUCUGUUGCCAACUCAAAUAUUUAUCGCCUUAGAACUAAUACAAAAAGAGGCGGUUUACCAUCCCAUCAGACAAAUCCUCCAUGA